UUCUACUUCUUUUUUCUUCUUCUUCUUUAACCAUCCACUCUUAGAAAGAAUCAAUAUAUAUAAUGGUCGCUGUCAAGUUACAAAAGGAAGAAAACCGUAAAGCCUUCUUGGAACUUUAUCCCAAUCUUGCAGAAGAAGUACUUGCUGAACUUCGUAAAUACAACAUGCCUGAAGAUGCUUAUGAAUGGACCAAAGAAAAUUUGUUCUACAAUGUUCCUGGUGGUAAACUUAAUCGUGGUCUCUCUGUUGUUGAUACCAUUCGUAUUUUGAAAGGUGAUGCUGUUACUGAAGAUGACAUUUUCAAAGCUUCCGUUUUAGGUUGGCUUGUUGAAUUUCUUCAAGCUUUCUUCCUUGUCUCUGAUGAUAUUAUGGAUGCUUCUAUUACUCGUCGUGGUCAACCUUGUUGGUAUAAAAAAGAUGGUGUUGGUAUGGUAGCCAUCAAUGAUGCCUUUAUUUUAGAAUCUUGUAUCUAUAUCUUUUUGAAAAAGUAUUUCAAGGCUACUGAUUACUAUGUUGAAUUGAUUGAAUUAUUCCAUGAAGUCACCUUCCAAACUGAACUUGGUCAAUUGUGUGAUCUUAUUACUGCUCCUGAAGACAAGGUUGAUUUGAGCAAAUUCUCAGUGGAAAAGCAUAAAUUCAUUGUUAUUUACAAGACUGCUUUCUAUUCCUUUUAUCUUCCUGUUGCUCUUGGUAUGCUUAUGAAUGGUGUAAAGAAUGAAUCUGCUUAUGACGAAGCUCGUGCUAUUUUGAUUCCAUUGGGUGAAUACUUCCAAAUUCAAGAUGAUUAUCUUGAUUGUUAUGGUGAUCCUGCUUUCAUUGGCAAGAUUGGUACUGAUAUUCAAGAUAACAAAUGUUCCUGGUUGAUUAAUCAAGCUUUGGCUAAAGCUAACCCUGAACAACGCAAGAUCCUUGAUGAUAACUAUGGUAAGAAGGAUGCUGAAGCCGAAGCCAAGAUCAAAGCUCUUUACAUUGAACUUGAUAUUGAAGGUAUCUACAAGGCUUAUGAAGAUAAAUCUUUCCAAGAACUUACUACUUUGAUCAACAAGGUGGAUGAAUCUGUUGGUGUCAAGAAGGCUGUCUUUACUGAAUUCAUGGACAAGAUCUACAAGCGUACCAAAUAAAUUAUAAUCUCUUUCCUCUCACUACUACCCCCCUUAUCUCUAUCUAUUAUUAUUAUGUUGUUAUUAGUAUUCCAAUUAUUA